GUGUUACAGCAACCAGCAGUGCCGAAAGUGGCGAGAGCUGACCCCACAGCUGUCUCUGCAAUUCAGUAUCCAGUCUUCCGCUGACUCCAGCGCCACGAUAUGGCCUCCACAGCGCUUGUGCUGAAUGCUGGAGUAAUUGCAUUAGCUCUAACAGUUGCGAUUCCGAUGUUUCCAACGUUUGCAGAUCAGACACCGUGUACUACAGAAACAUCUUAUCCUUAUGGGAACUCAGCAGUAAUUGUGAAAACGACCGUUACAUGCAGUCCAGAUGGCCAAAAAGCAGGCGUCUGCUCGAAUUACGACGUGGAGGUCACGAAUCAUAUUACAAUAGCACAUCACAGUCAGGAGACAGAGGCGGUGACGACAGAUGUUCCUACUACUCGCUCCAACGCCUGCAAUAACGACACCGUGGCAACGACUGGAACACCUAGGGACGUUCGUGCUGGAUAUACGAAAUAUGAUGGCGUGGGUUAUUACAAAGUGCCCCAGUUACGUGCGACUUGGUCUGAGGCAAAAAGUAUUUGUGAAGAAGACGGUGGCCACAUGGUGAUUAUUAAUUCCAAGGAGGAGGAAGAAGUCAUUAGAAAAGUGAUUUGCGGCCAGAUUCUGGCGAGGGUUGGAUUCCGCUACGAGCCGCAGAAAGGCUACUACGAGACAGUUCUCGGUGAACCACUCGACUCCGUUGGUUACAUCCACUGGGACGAGAGCGCUGGUCCACCGUCCAUGGAAGGUGAAUGCGGUGCGGUGUGGGAGGCAACGGGCAAAGUCAGGAACAUCCGCUGCAAAGUGCCGCUCCCGUUCGUCUGUGAGCUGCCAGCCUAGCAAAGACCUUUCUUGUCAGGUGCUUCGGGGCUCUUGUGCUACUGUUGAUGUAAUCUCUUUUGUCAAAUAAACAGAAAGUACUCUUUCGUGCAUAUUUCUGAGUA